AUGGGCUGGCAAGUCUACCUCGCCGGCCUCUGCUUCAUGGUAUGCUCCGUGAUUCAAGGGUUGAUCGUGCUCAACAACCUGGAAAGGUAUGUUUACCGUUCUUGGCACGAGACUUUAAUCACCAUCGCCGUGAUCCUCUUUGUCGUGCUCUUCAACACGCUACUGGCCAGGCGGCUGCCGCUGAUCGAAGGGCUGCUACUGAUCGUGCACAUCGGAGGUCUCCUCGCCAUCAUCAUCCCACUCUGGGUCCUGGCGCCCCGAGGUACCGCGCACGAGACUCUCUUCAACUUCACCACAACCGGCGGAUGGGACAACCUCGGCCUCGCAGCUCUAAUCGGCAUGGUCAACCCCAUCGGCGUCCUCGUCGGCUACGACUCCGCCGUGCACAUGUCGGAGGAAGUCCACGAUGCUUCUUUCAUCCUCCCUCAAGCGCUCAUCUGGUCCGUCGUGCCAAACGGCGUCAUGGCGUUGGUCAUGGGCGUGACCUUCGUCUUCUGCAUCGGGGACAUCGACGACGUCCUCGCGAGUCCGACGUACGAGCCUUUCGUACAGGCGUUCUUUAACGCUACGCAGAGCUACGCAGGGACGACCGUUAUGGCGUUCAUCAUCCUGUUCAUGCUAACCGCAGCCUGCAUCAGCGAGGUGGCAACUGCUUCACGGCAACUCUGGUCGUUCGCUCGUGACAACCGUCUCCCCUUCUCCGCCUGGCUUUCGCAAGUCACGCCCGGCUGGAACAUCCCAUUACAUACACGCCAUCUGCGUCUCGGUCGUCAUCAGCUCGCUUCUGUCGUUAAUCAAUAUCGAGUCCUACGUCGCGCUCAACGCCAUCAAUUCCCUCGGCAUGCUGUCGUUGCUCUUCUCCUACACCGUGAUGAUCAGCUGUCUGGGAAAUACGGACUAGCGAUCAAUAUAGUCUCGCCCUGCUUCGUGCUCCCGCUGUUGUUUUUUGCGACCUGGCCUCUCGCCACGCCGGUCACUGCGGCGGGCUUCAACUGGUCCAGCGUCAUGUUCGUUAGCAUCCUGCUCAUCGCUCUGGUGUAUUACGUGCUCUACGCCAGACAUGUUUACACCGGCCCCGUUGUGCUGGUCAAGAGAGAAGAUUGA